CACACAGAAAAGCAGUACUUUGUUUCUUAUAAGAAAAAUAAAAAUGUCCGAGGCUCUCAGACAGCCCUUGGUUUCUUGCGACUUCCCCCUUUCCAACUAUUUCUGUGUAGUCUACCUAGUAGCUGGUGACACUAGGGGCGGGACACCCCCAGCUGGCCAAUCCUGGAUCCUGAACCACCGGUCGGAAAUCUUGCGUCUGGGUGCGCGCGGGGCGGACGGGGUCGCAGAUCCCGGACCGCGAAUCUCCGCGCCCCACGGUCAAAGGGAGGCAAAGAAAACCGGUCUGCGCCCUUGGGGACAGCUGGUUCUCAGGCGGUGGCCGUGCCCAGGGGCGGGAUAGAGAGAAGAGGCACGCCCGUAAAAUCGUCAUCUGAGGUCGGAGAAGAGAAAGCGCGCAUCCCCGCUGAAAGGCCCCUGGUCACCGCGCGUCCUGGCUGCCUCGGCCUGUCCUGGGUACCUAUGGAGCACGCGGCCCGCCUGCCCUUCUGCCUGCCAGCGUCGCUCCUCCUCAUCCCCUUCCUCGACCUGUCCGCACUGGUCCCAGCGCAGUUUACCGUGGUGGGGCCGGCUGAGCCAAUCCUGGCCAUGGUGGGAGAAAACGCCACUUUACACUGCCACUUGUCGCCUGAGAAAAGCGCCGAGGACAUGGAGGUGCGCUGGUUCCGGUCUCAGUUCUCCCCUGCGGUGCUGGUGUAUAAGGGCGGACGGGAGAGAACAGAGGAGCAGAUGGAGGAGUAUCGCGGAAGAACCACCUUCGUGCGCAAGGCCCUCAGCAGGGGCAGCGCGGCGCUGGUCAUACGCAACGUCACGGCCCGGGAGAACGGCCUCUACCGCUGUUACUUCCAGGAGGGCAGGUCCUACGACGAGGCCAUCCUGCGCCUCUUGGUGGCAGGCAUGGGCUCCAAGCCCCUCAUUGAAAUGAAGGGCCACGAAGACAGGGGCAUCCUCCUGGAGUGCACGUCUGGAGGGUGGUACCCACAGCCCCACGCGGUGUGGAGGGACCCCUAUGGUGCCAUCAUGCCUGCCCUGGAAGAGGCUUACUCCGUGGACAACGACGGCCUGUUCGUAGUCACCUUGGCUGUGAUCGUCAGAGACAGCUCCGUGAGGAACACAACCUGCUCCAUCACCCACACUCUGCUCGGCCAGGAGAUGGAAACUGUGAUCUUCAUUCCAGAAUCCUUCAUGCCCAGGGUAUCUGCCUGGAUGGUGGCCCUGGCAGUCAUCCUUCCCCUUCUGCUCCUCCUCUUGUCUGGGAGCAUCAGUCUCAUCAUGAAACUCUGCAGGGACAAAGAGAUUCUGUCGAUGGGAAAAGAGAUUGAACAGGAAGAGAAAGAAAUUGCACAGCAACUGCAGGAGGAACUGCGGUGGAGGAGAACGCUCUUAUAUGCUGCUGACGUGGUCCUGGACCCAGACACGGCCCAUCCUGAGCUCUUCCUGUCGGAGGACCGGAGGAGCGUGAGGCGCGGGCCCUCGCGGCAGAGCGUGCCUGACAACGCCGAGAGGUUCGACUGCAGGCCCUGCGUCCUGGGCCGCCAGAGCUUCUCCUCGGGCCGGCAGUUCUGGGAAGUGGAGGUCGGCGGCGCCAUGGUGUGGGCCGUGGGCGUGUGCGCCGACAGCGCGCAGAGGAAGGGGGAGGCCCUGCUGCUGCCGCAGCACGGCUUCUGGACCCUGGAGCUGUUUGGAAGCCAGUACCGGGCCCUGUCCGACCCUGAGAAGACCCUCCCUCUGAAAGAGCGCCUGCACCGCGUGGCUGUCUUCCUGGACUACGAGGCCGGAGACGUUUCCUUCUACAACAUGAGAGACAGGUCCCACAUCUACACGUGUCCCCGGUCCACCUUUUCUGGACCUCUGAGGCCCUUCUUCAGGCUGGGUUCUGAUGACAACCCCCUUUUCAUCUGCCCAGCGUUCAAAGGGGCCCUGGGGGUCACUGUACCUGAGAAUGGCCUGAUCCUACACAGGGCAGAGACCCCUCUCCCCCAGUAGGACCCAUUCCUUGGUCUUGAAGUCAUGUGGGGAAAGCAGGGCCUUGUCCACUACCACUCAGGGCCCGUGAAUACAGGCUUCCUCCCCUGGUCCCCUGAGAACAUGCAUCUGCCCCUUCCCUGUCCUCUUAGGCCCACCCCAGCCUGUCACAGGGCCGCUCCGCAGUAGUUCACUCCCUGGUGAGUACAGGCAGGGCCCCAGGCCUAGGGAACUAAGCUCCCUGCCAAGAAGAAAGUGUGAGAGGCUGAAGGACAGAAAACCUGUUGCUUCAGCAUCAAGGUGACAAGGCCAAGCCCAACACUCCAGACACUGUGGGGGCGAGGGCAGUGGGAUGCACCAGGAUGUAAGAGGAAGCGGGGACCACAGAUGGCCGUCAGAGGCAGACAGAGGAACCAGGGAGCUGGGCGGGGCCAGGCUGGGUGAGGCGAGGUUAGGCCCUGCCCUGACAGCCAUGGACCCUGGAGCUGAUAGCAUUCCCACCCAACCCCAGGAUUUCCCAACCACACAACAAGGACACCUCUGCAGGCCUGGACCUGCAAUGAGAAAGAAUGAAGGACAGUGGCAUCUCUGGGUUCAGCCUGGCUCAGGGGUCCCUGCAGCAACCCGGGUGCUGUGCUCAGUCUUUAAGCAUCACAUAGGAGCUUAGGUUCCCCUGAGCAGGUGGUGCUGGACCCAGUCCACCACAGGGCUCAGAGCAAGAGUGGGGAGCCACAGUUUCAAGCUCCUUGGUCUCAGGAUGACUUUAGACACUUAAAAAUUAUUGAGGAACCCAAAGAGCUUUUGUUUAAUUCACUUACUAUCUGUUAUUAUUUAUGGCAUUUGAGAUUGCAACUGAGAAAUUUAAAAAGUAUAUUUAUUGCCAGGCACAGUGGCACACACCUGUAAUCCAGAGACUCAGGAGUCAGUCUGAGGCAGGAGCUCAGCAACUCAGUGAGACCCUGUCUCUAAAUAAAAUACAAAAUAGGGCUGGGGAUGUGACUCAGUAACUUGGUGGUUGAGUGCCCCUGAGUUCAAUCCCAAGCACUCCCCCCAAAAAAAGUAUAUUUAUUAUCAAAACAAUAAUAAAGCAACUGUAGGUUAACAUAAAUAGCAUCUCUUAUGAAAAAUAAGAGCAAAUCUAUUUUCCUAAGCAAAGUAGACUUUAUCAAGAAAUGUGAAAUUAUUUAAGUUAUUGCACAUCUAAUGUCUGGUUUAAUAAAAGAUGACAAAAUUCUCACAUUUGCCUCUACAUUUAGUCUGCUGGGAUAUCAUACAGGAUCUAGGAAGCUACAGCGAACACUGAUGGAGAAUGAGAGUGAGGUCAGCAGGUAGUGCCUUAUUACUGUGAAAGGAAUGUUAAUCCUGCAGAUCCCAUGGAACUGUAUCAGACAUCCCCCAUAUUUUGGGAACCAGGAUAGAGAAUCCUAGAAUUAAGGUAGGUACCUAUAUGCUGGUGGUUUUCUGAAAAAAUUUUUACUGGAGCCACAGAUGCACACACUAUGGCAAGAAGGAACUGAUAUAACUGAUAUAACUGAAGGAACUGAAAUAACUGAUUUGUCAAGAUGGAAGACUGGGUCGUUAUUUAUGUGCAUGUCUUAGUUCAUUCAAACUGCUAUAAAAUACCAUUUACUGAGAGACUUUCAAACUGGAGAAGUUCAUUUCUCACAGUUGGGAGAUGGAAAGUCCAAGAUCAAGGUGCCUGUGAGCAGCCACUUCCUGGUCCACACACCGUGUGUGGUGUCCUGUCCUGCAGGCCUGCUCUCAGGUCUCUCUCUCCUUCGUGGGGAUCCACCCUCAAGACCCAGGCACUUCCCAACGGCCCACGUUCAAGUAUCUUCACGUUGCAGCUGAGACUUCAACACAUGGAU